AUGGCAACUGUGUCUUUCGUGCUGGCUGUGGGGCUUCUGCAGCUGACCAUUCUACAAGGUGCUGCCAACUCAACAGCAGGGUGUGGGCAACCAAUAACCUCUCCACGAAUUGUUGGUGGCCAACCAGCCUCAAAAGGGUCGUGGCCCUGGCAGGUCAGCAUUUUAGAGAACUUUUAUCCUAUUUGUGGAGGCUCCCUCAUAACCGAGCAGUGGGUACUCUCAGCAGCUCACUGCUUCUUCAACAGAAUCGGGCCCAUGUUCCAAUACAAUGUCCUUCUAGGUGCCUAUCAGCUCUCAAACCUCUCAGAUAAUGCAGUGAUAUCUGACGUGCAGCAGAUUAUCCUCCACCCUGACUACAAUGGCCUAGCUACCUCCAGUGGAGAUAUUGCUUUAAUUAAGCUGAAGUCCCCUAUAAAGUUCACCAACUACAUCCUCCCCAUCUGCCUGCCAGAGUCCUCUACACAGUUCCCUUUGUACGAAUCCUGCUGGGUGACCGGAUGGGGAGAUAUUGAAUCUGCAGUGCCUUUGCCAGACCCACGAACCCUCCAGGAAGUCAAGGUGCCACUCAUAAUUCGAGAAGUCUGCAAUAUUCUCUUUAACAGUCGCCCAGUGCCAGGCCUGGCCAGGGAUCCUGUCAAGCAGGAUAUGAUCUGUGCUGGUUACCCAGAAGGUGGGAAAGAUUCCUGCCAGGGUGACUCUGGAGGACCUUUGGUUUGCCAGCUCAAAGGUGUUUGGACCCAGGCUGGAGUUGUAAGUUGGGGAGUUGGCUGUGCUGAAAGCCACCACCUUGGCGUCUACACUUUAGUGCCUUCCUAUGCCAACUGGAUCCAAGUCAAGAUGCAUGGUGGAAAUGAGAGUGGGGAAAAUGGGAGUGGCGCAAAUGGGAGUGGUGCAAAUGGGAGUGGAGGAAAUGGAAGUAUUGGAAAUGGAGACUCCAGGAGAGCCUUUGUUUGCCAACUCAAGUUGGACCCAGGCUGGGGUUGUGAGCUUGGGAAGAUGCUGUGA